AAAAAACCUCGUGCCCCCAAAGUAAAAGUGACAAUCGCACCGCGUCGAGCUCUCUCAUUGACAAUUUGCAUCCAAUUGCUGUAUGCUUCUCGACAAUGGCUCAGUUGCCCGAUCCAACCGUCGACCUUGACUGGUCGGGCUACGUCGGCUCGAUCCAGGACCACUUUCGUGCUCAGGCCGAGGCCCACCCAGAGCGCACCUGCGUCGUCGAAACCAAGUCGUCGACUACUCCCGAAAGGAGAUUUACCUACCGCCAGAUAUUCGAGGCCUCUAACACAUUAGCAUGGUAUUUGCACAAUGCCGGGGUUACCAAUGGGGAUGUGGUCAUGAUCUGGGCGCAUCGCUCGGUAGACUUGGUUGUGGCCCUGAUGGGUAUUUUGGCUUCCGGCGCUACUAUGACGGUCCUCGACCCAGCCUAUCCGCCCGCGAGACAAAAGAUCUACCUCGAAGUCUCCCAGCCGCGUGCCCUGCUGAGGAUCGGCCGAGCCACCGACGAGAAUGGCCAGCUAGCUCCGCUGGUGCAGAAGUACAUUGACGACGAGCUACAACUAAAGACCGACGUGCCCGAAAUGAGGCUCCGAGAUGACGGCGUCCUGUACGGCGGCGAAGUGGACGGCCAGGAUAUAUUCGCUAGUGUCAGGCAGCUGGCGUCGUCCCCUCCCGAUGUAAUUGUUGGUCCUGACUCAAACCCCACGCUUUCCUUCACAUCGGGGAGCGAGGGGCGGCCCAAGGGCGUGCUAGGCCGGCACUUCAGCUUGGUCAAGUACUUUGGCUGGAUGGCCGAGCGAUUCAACCUCUCCUCAGAGAGCAGGUAUACCCUGCUCUCCGGAAUUGCUCACGAUCCGGUGCAGCGCGACAUUUUCACGCCGCUGUUCCUCGGUGCGCAGCUGCUAGUUCCUUCACGGGAGGACAUACAACACGAGAAACUUGCCGAGUGGAUGCGUGAACAUAAGCCGACUGUCACCCACCUCACACCCGCCAUGGGCCAGAUCCUGGUUGGCGGCGCGACAGCCGAGUUUCCUAGCCUGGAGCACGUCUUCUUUGUAGGCGACGUGCUGACGACGAGAGAUUGUCGAGCCCUCAGAAGGCUUGCCGUCAAUGCCAACAUUAUCAACAUGUACGGGACGACCGAAACACAAAGAGCAGUCAGCUACUACGAGAUCCCAAGUCGGGCGAGGGACCCCGACUUUCUUGAUAAGCUGAAGGACACUGUGCCCGCGGGAAAGGGCAUGCAAAAUGUCCAGCUGCUGGUUGUUAACCGGGACAACCUGAAAGAGCAGUGUAAGGUUGGCGAAGUGGGCGAGAUCUUUGUCCGAGCCGCCGGGCUUGCAGAGGGCUACCUAGGAGAUCAGGCGCUGAACGAGCAGAAGUUCGUGAUGAACUGGUUCGUCGACAAUCAGAAGUGGGUCGAGGCGGAUCACAAGGCCAACAAGAACGAGGCCUGGCGGCGCUAUUACAAAGGGCCGAGAGACAGGCUUUAUCGUACUGGGGAUCUUGGUCGAUACCUCGAGUCGGGCGAUGUUGAAUGCGUCGGUCGGGCCGACGAUCAGGUCAAGAUCCGCGGGUUCCGCAUCGAGCUGAACGACAUUGACAGCAAUCUGAGCCAAAACCCGCUGAUUCGAGACUGCAGGACACUAGUCCGUAGGGACCGUAACGAGGAACCCACCCUGGUCAGUUACAUCGUCCCUGAAGAUAGAGAAUGGCGCCGUUGGCUCCAUGACCGGGGACUGGAAGAUGUCGAGGACAACGGUGUUGAAAUGGGUCCCGUCACCGUGUUCCUUAAGAAGUACAGGAGAAUGCAGACAGAGGUGCGAGACCACCUCAAGUCUCGGCUGCCGGCCUAUGCAGUGCCGACAAUCUAUAUCGUCCUCAACAAGCUCCCAUUGAACCCGAACGGCAAGGUUGACAAGCCGAACCUUCCAUUCCCCGACGUUGCCGAACGAGUCGAGGAUGCUUCAGAGGAGGACGUCAAAAGCUGGGAAUCCCUAACAGAAACAGAACGGACAGUCGCACACCUUUGGGCUGACGUCAUCCGUGGUCUCAAUCCGCAGACUAUCAAGAGGGACAAUGGGUUUUUUGAUCUCGGUGGACACAGUCUUUUGGCUCAGCAGUUCCUGUUGACUGUGCGCAAAAGACUGGGCACUGAUGUGCCAAUCAGCACGCUCUAUGAGCACCCCAGUCUCGCCGGUUUUAGCGCACAGGUAGACAAACUCCUGAGCCAUGAUACCGGCAAGGUGGGACCCGAAGCUGGCGAGGCUGCGUAUUCCAAGUCUUUGGAUGAGCUGCUGCAUCAGCUUCCCGCCAAGUAUCAAUCUGCCGACACAGUCGCCCUGAGCUCGACAGAACAACUCACGGUCUUCCUCACAGGUGCAACGGGUUUCUUGGGUUCGUAUCUAGUACAGGACGUGCUCGGCCGGACGGCUCGGGCCGUCAAGCUCAUUGCGCACGUACGGGGUGCCAAGGAGCCGUCGGCAGCCCUAGCACGCCUUCAGCGAUCUCUCCGGGGGUACGGGCUUUGGCAGGAUGAGUGGUCUGGGAGGUUAAGCGCCGUCGUGGGCGACCUAUCCCAGCCUAACCUAGGCAUGGACGACAAUACUUGGCAACGCCUAGCGCAAGAGGUCGAUGUGGUGAUCCACAACGGUGCUACCGUCCACUGGGUCAAGAGAUACCAGGACAUGAUGGCAUCGAACGUUCUGUCAACCAUUGACGCCAUGAAGCUCUGCAACGAGGGAAAGCCGAAGGCUUUCUGCUUUGUCAGCUCGACGAGCGUCCUAGACAACGACUAUUACAUCAAGCUCUCCGAGCAGCAAACGAGCACGGGCCAAGGAGCAGUUAUGGAAGACGACGACAUGGAAGGAAGUCGCACUGGCCUUGGCACUGGCUAUGGCCAGACCAAAUGGGUGUCAGAGCAGCUGGUGCGCGAGGCAGGCAGACGUGGACUCCUCGGGUCCGUCGUCCGGCCAGGCUACAUACUUGGCGAUUCGGAGACGGGCGUUUGCAACGUUGACGACUUUUUGGUCCGGAUGCUAAAGGGCUGUAUUCAGCUUUCGUCCCGUCCGCACAUUAUCAACACGGUCAACGCGGUACCCGUGAACCACGUUGCGAGGGUCGUGGUUGCCGCGGCGCUCAAUCCACUGCCUGGUGGCGUGCACGUCGUGCAUGUCACGGCUCAUCCACGUCUCCGCAUGAACGAAUACCUUUCUAUCCUGGAAUACUACGGGUACAAGGCUCCCGAGGUCAGCUACGAGGCGUGGAAAGAGGAACUUGAAAAGUUUGUCUCUGCCGGUGCACUCGAGAAGGACCAAGAGCAACACGCGCUGAUGCCCUUGUACCACUUUUGCAUGAAUGAUCUACCGGCCAACACGCGGGCACCCGAGAUGAAUGAUCGGAACGCAGUGGCCGUAUUGAAGGCGGAUGCGGAUAAGUGGACGGGCGUGGACGACAGCACGGGCCAUGGAAUCAGCAGGGAGGAUGUCGGCAGGUUCUUGGCCUAUCUGGCCGAGAUCAAGUUCAUUGGUCGGCCGUCCGGAAGGGGAAGGCCGCUCCCGGAAAUGAAGCCGGAGGUGUUGCGAGCACUGGCGGUGGGGGGCACGGGAGGCCGUGGAGGAGCUCAUUGAGAUUGCACGGUAUCUACCUCCGAAGUAAGUGCGGUUCGACUAGACAAAAGUCGGACAUAGACAUAUUGCGAUUUGCGAUAGAUGUCAAGAUUAUAUAGCCCCUGGGCGUACGCCAUACGAAUGACAGGGGGAGCCAGGGCUGGAGAUCAUUCCUGCCUUGGAUCGUCUGAGUAUUAACCUAUGCAUCGAGAAU